ACUCUGACAAACAGAGAGAGAGAGAGAGAGAUUCAUCAGUGAAGGGAAACACUCACCAUUAACACUGCUGCUCAAUGAAGACGACACGGAGACACAAACAAUACACAAAGUCAGAGAAGACCAACCUGCUCAAGUGCACGAGGACACGAUGUCACGUCACCAAAGUCAACUCCAUGCUGAAAUGGAGAUUGUUAAGAGCACCAGGGAUCUGACCAGAGAGCAGAGGAAGAUAGCGCUCCGAAAGGAAAUGUUUAGAGAGCUGAGGGAAAUGGAGAUGGAGCGCAGACAAAGAGAAGAUCUGGAAGAGCUUCAGAGGCGGAGAAGAGAAAAUGAGGAAAGAGAAAGAGAAGCUGAAAGACUGAAAAUGCAGAAAGAAAGAGCUGAGGAGGAGAGGAAGAUGCAAGAGGCCGAACAGAGAGCUGAGGAGGAGAAGAGGGCCAAUGAGCAAAUGGCCCUGGAGAUGCAACAUCUGCUGAAAGAGAGGCUUCAGUGCAACCAGGUGAUGGCGGUACAGAAGUAUCUCCUCACAAGGCCCAGAUACACCAUCGGUGAUCUGGAGGAAGAGCAGCAGAGGAGGCGUGAAGAGGCCGAGCUUAAGGUCACCUUUAAGUGCCUGGCGUCUGCGGGGAAGAGUCAUGAGCAGAGUAGAACAGAAACUCUGAUCAACAACUGGGUUGGACAGGAAAAAACCGACUGUGAGACUCUCCAGGAGGACUUCCGCCCAACCGACUCCACCCGCUGCCCCACUGCUGAAAACGCAAGCCUGAAGUCUAAAAAAGCAACAUCGAAAUCCUCCAAGCUCCUGACGUGGCUGCAGAAGAGCCUGAAGUCUGGCCUCAGCUCUGACAAGAAGCAGGAUCGGAUGGAGAGGAUGAGGGAGGCCUCCAGGCUCAGAGAGCGCUACAGAGAGCAGUUGGCCUCCAAGGACAGAUGCUGUAGCCGUUUGUCGGAGCAGAUCGACGGUUACUGCAUGUCCAGAAACCGCAUCCUCAAAAAAUCCAUCUUCUGAAUGGAUUGGAUCCUCGAGACCCUCUGC